AUGGCUUUGAGAUUGUAUCGAAAUACUGGUCAGUGCUUUGACAGGACACCCAGGCAGACUGACCAUUCAUUCUCUCCAUCAAGGAACCCAGAAGCCCAAACAGAGGCACUAGACCCUGUCUAUCUCGAUAUUUUAUCCAUCCGAGAUCGUGAAUAUCAAAAAUACGCGAUCGAUAACCGCAUAUUCUUCGAGCCGGUGGAUGAUAGUGAAGCAGAGCGUCUUGAUAUCCAGCAUCGAGUCUUGAAUAGGGUGUUCGAUGGUCGACUCAUCUUCCCGCCCGUUCCACGACCGAAAAGGAUUCUGGACUGUGGUUAUGGAAGUGGAGCGUGGGCUGUCGACGUUGCUGAGCAGCAUCCCGAAUGCGAGGUAAUCGGUGUCGACGUCUCUCCGCACAUGCAGCCAGGCGACAUGCCUGAUAACUUGUGGCUACAGGUCGAUGAUUUGAACCGCCCAUUCACGUUUCCUUCCAGAUACUUCGACCUAGUUCACUCGCAACUCGUUGCAACCGGGAUCAACCGCAGUCGAUGGCCAUCGUAUAUUCGAGAUAUCGUGAGAGUAUUAAAGCCAGGCGGAUGGGUUCAAAUGACCGAGAUCUAUUUCAAUAUUCAGUCUGACAACGGUUCCAUCACCGAGCAUAACGCCCUAAGGCAGUGGAGCACAAGAUAUAUGGGGGCGUUCGAGAGUCUCAAAGACCUUAGGGUCGGGGCGCGCCUGAAAGAUCUCUUGACAGCGGCCGGCUUGGUGGAGGUGGAUACCAGGAUGAUUCCUCUUCCCCUCUCUGCCUGGUCUAACGACGCCCGAACGCGCGAGAUAGGAGCUAUGAACCGCGAGAAUAUCCAACGGUUGUUGCCAGCCAUAUCACUCUAUCCGCUCACGCAACGGCUGCACAUGCCACGCGAACAAUUUGACGUCCUUGUGGCUCGAGCACAACAAGAAGCCAACAAUCCCACCCUGAAGGCAUACUUUCCGUUGUACAUCUGCAUUGGCCGAAAGCCGUGA